CUUGUUAGCAAAUAGGGAACUAACAAAGUCGCAAGGUUUUCCCGAAAAUGGAGAAAGAAAUGUUUUGUAAACUUGCAUCAAAAAUGGGAAUAACCUCUGCAAAAAUACUAAGCCAAGCAGAAGAGUACGUAAGGUUGACCCAACUUAGAUGCAAUGGACUGAGAAACGUGUCGGUAACAAGUAAGGCUGUCAUCUGUCUGGACCUUGCUGCGACGUCAAUGAGAUUUCCACUCGAUAAAGAAUAUGCCAUUAAAUUAUCGGGACUGAAUAAGAAAUUGUAUCAGAGCAGUUUGAAGUCUAUGGAGUGCAUGCUGGGCCUGGAAUCUCACAUGGGACUCAGAGACCUGGCGGUGCAGUAUGGAUGCACGGAGGCGGUUACUGUAGCAGCCAAGAUACUGAAAAGAUAUGAAGAUGGCCUUCCUGAAGCUCAGCAGCGAGACCUGGACCUGUCAAAGCCCUUAUUCACAACAGCGGCUUUGUUCACCGCAUGCAAGUGCUUGAAAAUCAAAGUGGACAAGAAGCUGACAGCCUCAUCAGGAGCUAAGAAGGGGAUAUUUGACAGGCUCUGUGCUCAGCUGCUGAAGAUGGGCCAGGAAAUCUGCAAUGAGGGUCCUCCAGUGAAGGAGCCUUCCAGAACACCUCAGAAACGGCUGAAAACUCUGCUGGAGAGUGUAGAGCAAAAGGACCAUGACCCGGAGGAAGAGCUACCCAUUUCUCCAAAGCAACAGAAGUGUGAGACAGAGCAGUGUGCAAAACAAGACUAUGAAGAAUGGAAGAGGAAAAUCCUGGAAAAUGCAUUGAAAGCCAAGAAAACAGAUGCAUAA